AUACAUGGAACACGACCUAUGUACAUGACUCAAGUUGCUACACGGAUGUAUUUAAGUUAAGGACAGUUGAUUUGCGCCGCCCAGUGUUUUUUUUAAGAAGGAAUCCAAACACUUCAGAUGUGUGUUAUGGAUGUUCGUUCAUAGAAAGUAUAGUUAGCGUCUAAUUAGGGACUUUUUUAUUUGAUUUUUUUUUUAAAUAGCGCCAUACAUUUUUAAAUGACGUUUUAUCUGACUGUGUGACAGAGUUUCAGAGGGAAGAAAAGUUUCUCAAAAAGUUUUUUUUUUUUUUUUUUUUUAAAUAGUUUUCCUCAAGCUGUAUGGCGUGUGAAGGAAACGGCAUGUCAGAUGCGAGGAUAGGGGAGGCCCUGAUCAAAGAGGUGAUAGAGGAGGAACUGAAGGAUGUUCCCUCAGAGGAUUUACCACCCCUUACUCCACUGCCAGUCUUACAGACUGACCAGGAGCAGAAGAUGGUAACCCAGCUGGCCAAAAUGAUCUGCAUCAUUGGGGACAAGGUCCAAGAUGACCAGGAGUUCAAAGAUGCCAUAGAUGGGAUAACCCGUUCGUCCCGCUCUAAGUGGGACACCUUUCAGGAAGUGGCAGACAAAGUGUUUCAACACGGGAUCAGCUGGGAGAGGAUUGCUGUGCUCUUCUAUGUUGCUGGAAAGCUGGCUGUCAAGAUGGUUGAGGCCCAUCUCCCUCAAUCAGUAAGGGAGAUCCUUAGGUGGACCGUGGAGUUUUUCAGAAAUAAUCUACUGGGCUGGAUCCGGGAACAUGGAGGAUGGAUCAACAGUUUCUCCGAGCUGGCGGUGGCGUCCAUGGAGAACGUGUCAUCAAUGAGCUAUCGUAACUACAGCCUCGUCCUGAUCUUUGUCGCUGGCCUGGCUUUAGGAAGCAUCAUCACCUGGAAACUAACCAAAAGGUUCUGAGGCGCCAAAUAUCCAUUGUGUUUUUCCCUAUAUUCAUUCUGCAGCUGCACACCACCAUGAACUGCUGUGACACACUGCCCUGAGUCACUGAAUGAGGCAACUGUCUGCGGUUGGUUCAUGUCUGUAACAGCAGGACAUUCAAGUUUUUCUAAAUUGCUAAAGUCAGUUGAACGGGUAAAGGAAAGAUAUACAGUAUAUUGUUGUCAGCCUACUGGUAGUCUCACAUUGCCAAAACCUAUCUAUCGAAAGUGAGGAGGGAAUUUGGUGUUGUGGUAUCACCACAUCUGCCAGGCAAAGGCAGUAAACCUAGGGAAAACACUGGUGGUUAUUCUUUAAGAUCUUUGUAAAACAAAACGUGUAUCAUGAACUUUUUGCCACAGAGCUUAUUUUCUGCAAUAGUCAAUGGAAAAAUCCAAUUGGCUUUUUGUUAACGUAACCAGGGUGAUGCUAACUUCUGGGUUGGCCUGCAAAUAUGUCCUACCUGCGGCCAUCUAUGCUAUUACUAUUACUUAUUAUCAGAGCCAUGUAAUGACAUGUCUGACAAUGGGCCGAGAUGCUGUCAUGUCUUGAUCACAUGUUGCCAUGAGAUGGCCACACACACACACACACACACACACACACACACACACACACACACACUCUCUAUCUCUACGUUUCUACCUAUUCUGUUAUUCUUGAAACCUUGAAAACUUGAAAAAAACAUUCAAAGAUAGCCAAAUUUGUUUCUUGAAGAUGUACUGUAUUAUGCUAAAAAGAUAUUCUCUAACAUAACUGUGUCCAUGUUCAGACACUAGACACUUAACUCACGAUUCGGUUCACAAUACGUUUUUUUUUUCUCACAAUUCUUUAACAGAAUGAGCUGCAGACGAAUGACUAUAAAACUGUGCAAAAUUACAGAUGUGCCCUCGUAUCAAAAGUGCAACUGAGAUUGUAUUUUAUCUUAAAUUAAAAUAAUCCCACAUCAAAAUAACAAAGAAAAAAACUCUUAAAAUAAAUAAAUUAAGAAGACGUAGUGACACCUGAAAUCAAGAGAGUAAAAUCAAAAGUAGUUUAUGCCCUAGGCCGUUUUAAAAAUUGCAUUGCAAUAUUGAUUUCUAAUUGAUUUCAUGACACCUCGUUGCCUCCUUAUCAGACACCAUUUGCAGCUGUUGGCCAUAUCCCGACACAUCCAGACCUAGUUUACGGUCUUUUCACUGUGAUUUUCUUGGGAAAUCACAGACGAAGCCCAACCACAAUUAGUUUAUACACAUCAAAGAAUCUACAUGGGAAUUUUCAUAUAUGUACAUAGCCAUUAACAAUAAUAUAUGAAAAUAACUUUGAUGAGAGAAAGCCUUAAGAAUGCUUGGAUGACGCUCAUAGGGUGAAAUUACGUUA